UUCGCCGCGUGGUGAGAUUGUCUUUGUUGAGAAAAAAUGUCGACGCGAAAAAAGGUUUUAAUCCAUUAGUCAGAAAGUCUGGCAUUCUUUGUUUGUUAGUAAAAAGCGCAAUUGUUUGGUGUCGAGCGAUAAAAGUGCGCGGCUCAAACGGGAUUAUGUAAAUGCAGCAACGGCCCCAGCAGCAACGAAACUGCAAGCAAAGCGAGCUGCUCCACUUGGCUCCACGGACGAAAAAGCGGACGGACACGGUGGCGUUGGCAAAGUGAAACCCCAAGCAAAAGGCGAAAGCGAGCCAAGACAUACAAACGAAAAGAGAAACCGGAGGAGUAGGUGGAGGAGGCGCUGUUCCAGCAUUCCCAUUACACCCAAUACCUCCACAUCCCCAGAAUGGACAACUGCGACCAGGACGCCACCUUCCGGCUGAGCCACAUCAAGGAGGAGGUCAAGCCGGACAUUUCACAGCUAAACGACAGUAACAACAGUAGCUUCUCGCCCAAGGCCGAGAGUCCUGUGCCCUUCAUGCAGGCCAUGUCCAUGGUCCACGUGCUGCCCGGUUCGAACUCCGCCAGCGCCAACAACAAUAACAGCGGCGGGGACGCCCAGAUGGCGCAGGCGCCCAAUUCAGCUGCAGCAGCUGCUGCUGCGGUUCAGCAGCAAUAUCCGCCGAAUCAUCCGUUGAGCGGCAGCAAACACCUCUGCUCUAUCUGUGGAGACCGGGCCAGUGGCAAGCACUAUGGCGUGUACAGCUGUGAGGGCUGCAAGGGCUUUUUCAAGCGUACGGUUCGCAAGGAUCUCACAUACGCAUGCCGCGAGAACCGCAACUGCAUCAUUGACAAGCGACAGAGAAAUCGUUGCCAGUACUGCCGCUAUCAGAAGUGUCUCACCUGCGGCAUGAAGCGCGAAGCAGUUCAGGAGGAACGUCAGCGAGGUGCCCGCAAUGCGGCGGGCAGGAUAAGUGCCAGCGGCGGAGGCAGCAGCGGCCCAGGCUCGGUGGGUGGUUCCAGCUCUGUCGGUGGAGGAGGAGGUGGCGGCUUGGGUAGUGGAUCUGGCGGCAUAGGCAGCGGUAACGGCUCCGAGGACUUUAUGACCAACAGCGUAUCCAGAGAUUUCUCAAUCGAGCGAAUUAUAGAGGCCGAACAACGGGCAGAGACCCUAAGCGGCGACCGAGCAUUGACCUUCCUGCGCGUCGGCCCAUAUUCCACAGUGCAGCCAGACUAUAAGGGCGCUGUAUCCGCCUUGUGCCAGGUGGUCAACAAGCAACUCUUCCAGAUGGUCGAAUAUGCGCGCAUGAUGCCGCACUUUGCACAAGUACCACUAGAUGACCAGGUGAUCCUGCUGAAGGCGGCAUGGAUCGAGCUGCUCAUUGCGAACGUGGCCUGGUGCAGCAUCGUGUCGCUGGAUGACGGCGGUACCGGAGGUGGCGGUGGAGGUGGCCUCGGCCACGAUGGGUCUUUUGAGCGACGAUCGCCAGGACUGCAGCCACAACAGCUGUUCCUUAACCAGAGUUUCUCGUAUCAUCGCAACAGUGCGAUUAAGGCCGGCGUGUCGGCGAUAUUCGACCGCAUUCUAUCUGAGCUGAGCGUAAAGAUGAAGCGGCUGAAUCUGGAUCGUCGUGAGCUGUCCUGCUUGAAGGCAAUUAUACUGUACAACCCGGAUAUACGCGGAAUUAAGAACCGGGCGGAGAUUGAGAUGUGCCGCGAAAAAGUGUAUGCCUGUCUGGACGAACAUUGUCGCCAGGAACACCCAGGUGAUGACGGACGCUUUGCGCAACUUCUGUUGCGCCUACCAGCGCUCCGAUCGAUCAGUCUGAAGUGUCAGGACCACCUGUUCCUCUUUCGCAUUACUAGCGAUAGGCCACUGGAGGAGCUUUUCCUUGAACAGCUGGAAGCGCCGGCGCCGCCCGGCCUGGCGAUGAAACUGGAGUAGGGGUCAGACUCCGAAAUCGACCCCGUUCUCCGCCCGAAAAAUGUUUCAUUGUGAUUGCGUUUGUUUGCAUUUCUCCUCUGUCCCCCUAAUAUCCUCCAAAAACCCUUCUAAUAUUACGCUAAAUGUGUAUGUAAUUGUUUAUUUUUUUUUUAUUACCUAAUAUUAUUAUUAAUGAUAUAGAAAAUGUUUUCCUUAAGAUGAAGAUUAGCCUCCUCGACGUUUAUGUCCCAGUAAACGAAAAACAAACAAAAUCCAAAACUUGAAAAGAACACAAAACACAAAAAAAAAAACAACAACAAAAGAAAACAAGCAAAGUAAAAGUUAAACUAAAGCUAAAAGAGUAAAUAUAAUAUAAAAAAGGUUAAAAUUAAAGCAUAGUUAUGAUCUACAGACGUAUGUAAACAUACAAGUUCAGUAUACAUAUGCAUAUAUAUGUCGGCAAGCGCAUAUCUGCAUUGCUGGCCCAGUUCUAAAUCAAUUGUAAUUACUUUUUAAAAUAAUUGUACCCAAGCGUUAUCAAUUACAUGCGAGAUACAAAAAACACAGACGAAAACCAACAAAAUAUAUAUAUGUAUAAAAUAUAAACUGCAUAACAAGA